UCGGAUGCUGGUUUGUAUAGAAAUGGUGAUUCUGGACAUCUUCCUGUAUAUAACUAUAAUGCUUCUCUUGCUGUUGUAUGUGAUUAUUGUGUUUUGUGCCUUCACUCUUGGCUACGUGCUAAAUACUCACUUGCGAGAGGAACACAAGCUCGAGUUCUUGUUUGAUGCGAUUGUUGUCGACGACGUACUGUAUGAAUUAUACAGUAGAGAACGCUACAUAAUAUAAAGGAACAUGUCGAAUUGCAGCACAAAGUUAGGGAGAAUGAGAAGAAUAAAGAAAUUUAAAUAAAGAAAUAUGUAAAUAAGAAGGAUUGUUUUAGUGAUAAUUGGGUGAUUUACAAACGUUUUUUUGUUUCUUGUAGUAUAUUUAGUAUUGUGUUUGUAUUUCCUUUUAUGUUGA